UCAGUGCACACGUAGCCCGCCUCAGCGCGGUGACGCAGUGACGUCCCAUAUCGAUAACUUAUCGACAACUCAUCAAAUUGUCGAAACGUGUUAACGUGCAGUGUUGGGGAGUGAUGUAUGCGGUGAAUGGAUUGCGCCUGAACAACUAGUCUGGUUGUGAUGUAUCAGGCAGACACAAUGCUCAGAAAAGGCGGCGGCGGCGUGACGUCGGCGCCGAAGACAUGAGCGCGGGCGUGCUACGCGACGCCGCGGGCGACUCCACGCCCGGCUCCGACGGCGGCGAGCGCAUCACGCGCCUCUUCCCCAAGUGCCGCCCGCGCAACAUGCAGCACCAGCACGACAGAUUGAACUCCGGGCUGGAGGGCCGAGACAUGAUCAGUGUGAACAACGUGUCCUCCGACGAUGAGAGGGACGACCAGCCGGUUAUCCUCAGCACUAAGGGAGGGACUUAUAAGCUCAGGGACUCUAGGAUAAUAGAAAUAGCGGGAGGAAGGGAGUUGUAUUCUCAAAGUCGCGCCAAAGCCGUGCGGAAGUUGAGGCACAACAACGCACACAAACACAACCUCAGGAACAAAGUGCGAUCGCUCACUAAAGACUCUGUUGACUACACGGUUGACAACAAUAUCAAUAAUGAAAUUUCCAUACACAGAAUAACCAAUGAGCCCAAAAAGAUGAUAUCGCGACACACCUCCCCAGUCGCGUACACCAACGGUGACCGCGAGCCUGUGUUAGAACAGAACACCAUGGGCAUACCGAAGAACAGUUCCCCGAUUCUGGACCCGCAUAAGACUAAUGAUGUUAGCACCAAGAGCAGUCCCAUAGCUGUCGUAGCUGAUGGUGAAGUUAUGGUUUUCGAUGAGAACGAUGAUUGGAAAGUGAUAUUGAAUUCUGUGUCUCUAGGUUUGAGGAUGGACCCAGACGCUAGUGAUGACGAAAUCGAUAUUAGUGUAAAAAGGACUUUAGACAAUAUAAAAAAUGGUGAUAGUGAUAUAUUGAACAAUAAAAGUGAACUGAGUUGUGAUGGGAGUGAUUCUACGCGUUCCAGAGAAGAUGUGAGGUUAAGUGAGGGUAGUCCCACAGGGGUUUGGCUUUCCGGUGAUGAGGACAAGAGCAGAUUCACGAGGGUGAUAGGUGAACUGCCUAUAGCUGAAUACGAAGGCUCUCCUAGAAGAUACGGAGUUGGAUCUCAGAAAAUACAAGUUAGAUCGCCUAGACCAGGAUUCCCUCAGAGAGUAGUUACUACAGAUAGCAGAGACGUAACACCGCCGCCCAGUUCCGCGGCGUUCGACUACUUGUAUGAGUUCUCGGAGACCAGGAAAGUUCUAGAAGAGUUUUUCCGGUGUCCAACGCUACCCGGUCAACACCAGAAUAGCACUGAAGAGAUUGUCAACUUUCAGGAGUUAGAUUAUGAGCUGCGACGACAGACGCAGGACUGCCCGUCGGAGAACGGCAUAGACGGAAGCGAAUCAGACUGGCCGCAGAACGAGGGCCUCGAGUCACCGCAUGCGUUGAAUAAUCAUACGGACUUCUUAGGCUUACAGCAGAAGCAGCGUGCAAGGUUCCCAACGCCAGAUGUAGCGGCAUUACAAGCAGGCGACGACGGCAGUCCGUGCGUUUCCCCCACGCAUCAAGCGGACUUGCACGUAGCACUUGCACUGUCCUCCGCAGCCAGCGAUACUGCCAGCGAACUAUCCAUGGCUAUUAUGGAGAAUGAACUGGUGGAAAUGAAAGAACCAAUCCGUAGAACGUUACCGAUCGUUGAGGAUGGCCUUUCUUCGGGACACGCUUCCGAUACAGACAAUAAUAACCCGAUGAUUCAGACUCAUUCGGUAACUAUAGAAGAAAUUGUAGAUAGCGGAACUAAUUCAGACCCUCACAUGUUAUCCGAUGCAGACUUACACUCUUUAGAUCCACUAGCAACGGCGCCUCCUCCCCCCGCGCCCGCCCCGCACCGGCCCGCGGAGCCGUCGCCUCACGCCGUGCACACGCCGCACUCGUCUCACGCGCACACACACUCGCACACGCCGCUGCCCUCGCACACGCCACAUCACCACCACCACGACGACGUGUAUCCCAGAAAAAGGCCCACAUCGGCUCAAAGUACGGAAUCAGUGGAAAUAAAACCAGCCAGCGGCGAUGAAGACGAAGCAGAUACAGAUUUAGAAACGGAUAGACUGCUCGGUCAGCAAAGAACUGAUGACCAGGGAUUUUUCGAUGACAAAGGAUGGCGCAAACCGAAGUCUCGGACGGUAAUGCCCUCGGGAGGCUCCACGGGUACGGCGCGCGAGCACACGCACGACUCUUCCGAACAUAGGGACGAAGAUCCUUUACAUAAUGGAAAGGACAAAGACGGGAAGAAGAAAAGCAAAAAUAAAGAAGAUCUGGCGUCAGUGCUGAUCGAAGGCGUUCUGUUCCGAGCUCGAUACCUCGGCUCUACGCAGUUAGCCUGCGAGGGCCAGCCGACCAAAGCUACCAGAAUGCUACAGGCCGAGGAAGCCGUGUCUAGGAUCAAGUGGGGCUGCGAUGGCCCGUACUCGGGGGUGUACGCUGCGCCCGCGGCCGUGUUCCGACUGUCGUUCCUCGGCUCGGUCGAGGUCGAGGAGGAUUCGAGGCGCCGCAAGAAGAGGCCCAAAAAGAAUAUGGUGGAAGAGGCCGUCACUAAGAUUAAGGCUUUGGCACCGGAAGGCGAAAACCAACCAAGUACAGAAGUGGACCUCUUCAUCUCAACAGAGAAGAUAAUGGUCCUCAACACGGAACUCAAAGAAAUCAUGAUGGACCAUGCAUUGAGGACGAUCUCUUACAUCGCGGACAUAGGAGACUUGGUGGUUUUGAUGGCUAGAAGACGGUUCGUACCUCACGAAACUGACUCCGACCAACCGAAACUGAACCGUACGCCGAAGAUGAUAUGUCACGUUUUUGAAAGUGAAGAGGCCCAAUUCAUCGCUCAAUCAAUCGGUCAAGCGUUCCAAGUUGCUUACAUGGAGUUUCUUAAAGCAAACGGUAUAGAAGACCACAGUUUUGUGAAGGAGAUGGAUUAUCAGGAAGUGCUCAACAGCCAGGAGAUAUUCGGGGAUGAGUUGCAGAUGUUCGCUAAAAAGGAACUUCAGAAGGAAGUGGUCGUGCCUAAAACAAAAGGUGAAAUCCUUGGCGUGGUCGUGGUGGAGUCUGGAUGGGGCUCGAUGCUGCCCACCGUCGUCAUAGCAAACCUUGCACCGGCCGGCGCGGCUGCGAGGUGCGGCCAGCUUAAUAUUGGUGAUCAAAUAAUAGCAAUAAACGGCGUGAGUCUAGUGGGGCUGCCGCUGUCGACCUGCCAGACGUACAUAAAGAACUCGAAGAACCAGACAGUAGUCAAGCUGACUGUGGUGCCGUGCGCGCCCGUUGUGGAGGUGAAGAUCAAGAGGCCGGACACGAAGUACCAGCUCGGGUUCAGCGUACAAAAUGGCGUGAUCUGCAGUCUCCUGCGGGGCGGUAUCGCGGAGAGAGGUGGGGUACGCGUGGGACAUCGCAUCAUCGAGAUCAACUCGCAGAGUGUGGUGGCAGUCCCUCACGAACGCAUCGUCAACCUACUAGCGACAUCUGUUGGAGAGAUCCUGAUGAAAACAAUGCCGACCUCAAUGUUCCGGCUGCUGACGGGGCAGGAGAACCCCGUGUUCAUAUAACGCGACACAAGUGCCUGCUUCGCCCCUCGCUUCCACCUCACCUCACACCCGCACCCUACAAAGCUGAAGUCACCCUUUUUAUGUAUCGAAUCUUCUUCCGACCGAACCUCCAACUUCGACCACUUUCGGCCAAAAACCACCCUCACCAACCAAUGGCCGGUCGACUAAAAUGGGACGAAGAUUUGGCCGAAGCCGGAGAUUUCUAGCAAACGCCGAAAAUGAACGAACUGCUUUUAAAAUUACUCUUAAGUAAAUAAAUCGUAAUUGACACUAUUUUGAACUGUUGCCAUUUAUGAUUUAUGUUAACAACACAACAGUCAACACAAACUUCAUUAUUUGAAUCUCAGAUUUGAAUCACUUCAACAAUCUUGAACUGAAUAACUUAGGGUUAUCAAAACUUCGACUUCGGUCAGAAAUCGACUUUCGGUCGGAUGCUAGUUGGGGCUUACCGCCCGAAUGUUAUUAUGAUAAUGGCGCUAAUUAAAUUUUUAAAAAUUAAAAAUUAUAAUUUAACAAAAAGAAUCAUAGUAUUAUCUUAUGUCUGAGCCUUGAGGGUGAAGUUUUGAAAGUUAAAUAAACAAAUGCGAUACUGCAAUUCUGUUGUAUACAAUAUCUAAACUUAACCAAAAUUAACAUGUCUGAAUCUUAGCGAUAUCUUUUUCUGCAAGGAGCAUUAAGAAAAGGAUAGGAAUAUAUCUGUCAUUUAAGUUUAAUUUAACAGCUGUUUAACGUAACUGUCGCAUUUGUUUAGGCCACAUAUUGAAAUCCAUAGGCCACAUUUGUGAUUUUUUGAAGCCCAUAAAUUGAAAGCUAUAAAUAACUUUCAUGUUUGAAUAUUUAUAUGCUUUUUAGGUAUUUAAUCUAAUUUCCAAUUCGUAAUAUUUCGAUAGGAAAAAAUCCGAAACUGCGCCAAUUUCUAGUUUUUUAGUUUUAAUCGGAAACGAUAAUUAGCUUUUUGUAUUUUUUUUUUUAAUGAACUGUGUAUAACUUUCAAAGCCAUGAAAUUUCGUCGUUUAUCAAAAUACUUCAUUAUGAAAACUUGAUUUUAAGCUCCCGUCGCGGCGUUAGCCAACUUGCUUUGUGCCCAUCUCUUUCUCGGUACAGUAAAGUGAAUAAAACUAUCCUUACAUUUUUGCUACAAGACAAUUUGUUUAUGGUCCCUUAGUUUGAAAUUGUAUGUAGGUACAUGAAAAGCUUGAUUGAAUUAUACAAAUUCAUGAGAAUUAUAAUAAGUGUUAAUACAGGACUAUACUUGAAUCAUUAACUCGAAACAUGAUGUGAUAAAAAUCAUUUCACAUUAAUUAAUAUUGGGUAAAAUAAUUUAGAAAUUAUUAUUUAUUUACAUACCAUAUAAAGUCCCUGGGUUAAAUAUUAAGCGAGUCUACACCAUAUAACUCAUGUUUUAUUUUAACAAGUGUUAUAAUAUAACAAUGUUAUGUUAAAAACAUUGUUAAUUAUGUUCCAAGGCAUGUUAUAUUACAUUAUUUGCAUGUACAUCUUGCGUGUAAAAUAACGUUUCAUUUAUAAUUCAAACUCAUUUUUACAGCUGUUUUGGCGGUACAUCGACAUAUUGAUAAUGUCAUUUAAUUUAAUGCUACUGCCACAAUAGCUUUUAACACAUUAAAAUAGUUGUAAUAUGAAUUUAUAUAGAUACAUACAUCAAGAUAUUUUAUUUAGGUACUUGAUUUUAAUAUCCGAAGCUAUUUCUCUGUAUAUGUGUUGUAUUGCUAAUAUAUUCUGUGGGAGUGUGCUAAUUUAAUGUUCGGUUGACUUUUGUAAUAGAAAACGAAAUUGUACAAUUCAUAAAGUUUGUUCAAUAUUAUAAAUAGUGGUUGUAAAAAUACUCAAAACAAACUAUAUGGUGUCCAAGUUUCAUGCUUACAAUGCUUAUGUGGCUAAAAUAAGUGAUUUAGCUCUAAGUUAAUAUUAUAUUCAAUGACAGUUUUUGCACUUGCCAUAGAUUUUGUAAUAUUUAGUGAGAGAAAUGAAUGAAAAAAAGUCAGCAUUAGACCACCAUAUUCAAUCCUUACCAAGUUCAAUUUUCAUACUAUUUGAAUAAAAGUAACUGAACCAUGUUUUGUAUAACAUGUUACAUAGUCUGAACUCGCCUUUAAACAUCUGUCAUUUUUAAUAACUACCACUUUUUUAUCUCUGGCAAGUGCAAAGUACUGUGUAUAACCGUGUUUAUACCUUUGUCUAUGGUGUAUACAUAGUUAUUACACUAUUGUAUACCUAUAUUUGAGAAUCAAAAUCGCUCAUAUCUGCUUAGAUAUUAUUGUUAAUAAAUAAGUUAUUAUCAUCAUACAAAAUAUUUGUAACUAUAAAUUGUUGGACAACAAUACAAAAUGCAUUAGCCGUUGCCUUUCUGCCAUAGACAAUAAGUAUUUUUCUUGUCAAGUACUAGAUUAUAUUUUUAUUUUGCUUUACGGCUUUGGAUUCAAGCCCCUUGGAGACAAGAAUAAUUUGUGUAUAAACGUUGCCAUAUUUUUUAUUGUUUACCUUUUUUAAAUUUUACUUACCUACAUUAUUAUAUUAUCAUUCCACUGUUAAACAAAUAAUUUAUACCUGAGUUUUUAUAAAUUGUGUAGUAUAGAUUUUUCGUAUGGUUAAUACUUUUAGUAGUAUUUUUUACAUAUUUUUAACUGUAAUCAAUCACCAUAAUAUUUUGAAUAAGUACAGAAUAAAAAAUAUAUAGCUGAUUUAGUGCGACUGACGAGUUUUGAUCCGUGUAGCGAGUCAGCAUAACCUUGAAUGUCUGAGGAGUAAUCUCAGUCGAGGCGAAUCUCGAAUUCUCGAUGUGAUCAUUGAUAAAUAAAUGAAUUGAUUAGUGGAUAUAAUAAAGCAUUAUUUCGUGUAGCGUUUCAAAAGAUAUGUCAUAUUUUGUAAAUUUUAUAGUGUGGCUAUAGCGUAACUAUAUAUAACCUAUAUAUGUAUGUCCUUAUCUUAGCUAAGCUUAGCACUCUGAGGACGAGUUUUAUUUAUGUAUAAAUUAAAAAAAAACUAUUU